GCUAACGCUCUGCUAGCGGUACAAUCUUCUCCAUCCUGUGUGAGGUAGACCCCAACUCCAUGACAUUAUCUUCCUCAGAUCGACGUGCACCAGUAGCGCUGCAGUUGGUAUCUCCACACGACCUUUAAUUGCGACCCAGAGGCUGUCGGUGAGAGAGGUGGAGUGCUUCAACCUCGUCGCGUGUUGCAGAAAGCUGAAGAGCAGGAGCGUUGGUACAUGCUAGCUUGUUAGCAUUAGCUACCUGUCUGUAACAACACAGGUGAGCUAGUUUGAGGUCCAAGAUGUCUGAACUUUUUAUGGAGUGUGUUGAGGAGGAGCUGGAGCCGUGGCAAAAACAAGUUCAUGAAGUUCAAUUGAUAGAUGACGACGAUGAUGAACCCAUCUUCGUUGGAGUGUUCUCUAAUAACCAGAAGGAUGUUAAGCAUAACCCUCCUCCUCAGAGGAACACUGCAGGGAAACUAGAAAUAAUGCAUCCUGCUCCUAAGCCGGUCAUUACCUCCUCACCAAUAAUGAUGCCAUUGAGUCUGACUGGAAAGGCAGUACACAUUUCAGCACCUAAUCUGACAACAAUGACCCAACAGCCUGUUAUGGUCAAUAACCAGGGUUUUAUUGUCACUUCUCAACAAUUAGCAAACAGCAGUGAGUUUAUUGCCUCUCUUGGAAGCCACUACCCUCCUGGGACUUCAUUUACGAUUAUACCAGCUGGUCAGCAGCAUCUUUUUCAGCAGGUCACGUCAGCCGUGCUAAUGCCUGGUGCUGUGCACAGGCCUCAGGUGCAACAAAUCAGCAACAAUGUUGUGACGUUGUCUAAUGUGCAGAGUCCUGCUGUGUAUUCAGCUCAACUCAACCGCUCCAUCACACAAUCUUUCCAGACCUUUUCUAUGCCUGUAAAUGCCACGAACAAUAACAUAGAUCAAAGCUUAGGCAAACAACUAUUACCACCACAGCAAAUAGACAGCCCGGCAAAAAGAGCCAAGAUUGAAUUGGGGACGUCAAACAUAACCGUUCCAGUGGAAAACUGGAAGUUAAAGAAAAAGUGCCUUAAGUGUCAAGAAGAAUUUCACACACAAGCGGCCCUGAAAUUGCAUAUGGGGAGCUGCGGUAAAAUGAUAGGAGGUACUCAGUCAUCCCAGAAUAUUGGUGCAAACAAGCGCAUCAUGCUGGUCUCGGAGUUCUACUACGGGAGGUUUCAGGGAGAUGGGAACAAAAAGGAGGCGCUGAAGCCAAACUCCACUUUCAAGUGCCAAAGCUGUUCAAAAGUUCUCAAGAACAACAUCAGGUUCAUGAACCACAUGAAGCAUCACCUGGAGCUGGAAAAGCAGAACAGCGAGAGCUGGGAAAGCCACACAACUUGCCAGCAUUGCUAUCGACAGUACAACACUCCAUUCCAACUGCAGUGCCACAUCGAGAGCGCUCACAGCCCGAUCGAAUCCUCAACCAAUUGCAAGAUAUGUGAGCUGGCGUUUGAGUCGGAGCAAGUUCUCCUCGAACACAUGAAGGACAAACACAAGCCCGGCGAAAUGCCCUACGUCUGCCAGGUCUGCAAUUACAGAUCGUCUUUCUUCUCCGAGGUGGAGACACAUUUCCGAAGUGUCCAUGAAAACACAAAAGAGCUGCUCUGUCCCUUCUGUCUCAAAGUUCUGAAAUCUAGUUGUGUAUACAUGCAACACUACAUGAAACAUCAGAAAAAAGGGAUCCAUCGCUGUGGAAAAUGCAGACUAAAUUUCCUCACCUGCAAGGAAAGAUUAGAGCACAGGACUCACUUCCACAGGACUUUCAGAAAACCCUUUGCCCUGGAAGGCCUUCCUCCGGGAACCAAGGUGACCAUUCGAGCCUCGCUCUCAGCGAAGACUCCCACAUACUCUGAACGAUCUGGCUUUAUUGUCGGUUCAGAAACCCAAAGUUUCAACAAGAAAACCAAACCAAGGUCCAGGUCAAAUGUCUCUCGAGCAGGAAAAGACAAGAUGACUCUGAGCCAGAAGCAAGGCGGCAAAACUACGAAAUGCAUUCUGACACUCAGGGAUCUCAGUGUCAAUGGAGGGUCGUACACGUGCAUCGAGUGCAACUCAAAAGUCGAAGACUUCAUUUCUCAUUUCCCGGGUUUUUUAUUAAGUUGUGGUGCGUGCACAUAUCGGACAAGUUGCAAAGUCUCUUUUGGGAAUCAUAUGAUAAGGUUUCAUAGCACCAUAACCAAAAACAGAUAUUGGAAAAUGGAUCAUAAGAAAAAUUCAUCUGCAUUAAAAUUCACCCUGGUCUGUCUCAACUGCGACCUCCUCGUGGACGCAUCGUGCGGUGACCUGAUGACCAAACAUUUAACCGACAGACCAAAUCACAAAUGCAAAGUCAUCCAGGAGAACGAUAUCAAAGCCAGUGAUCGAGUGCAACUCUCCCUGAAGCAGCCUACAAAGGCCUUGUACCGCUUGAUGCCGCCGCCUGCUCUAAGACCGAAGGAAGAGGGCGGGAAACGUGUGGACAGUUUGACAUCUGGAAACGUUGCUGCCGCCCCAGUUGACCGGCCGCAGUCACAGCCGAUGUUACCCAAAGCUCAUCCAGAAAUGUCUCCCUCAGAAAUAGCUGUCAUUGAAGGCUCCUCUGAAGGACACUCAAAGUUGUCGUCGCUGCCCACGAUGUCGCCUUCAGACGGAGUUUUAGAUCUCUGUGACGAGUCGGUGAGUAACUCAGAGAGCCGAGAUGUCAGAGAGCAGCUCCCUAAGCGCGAGACGAGGUCCCAACUCGCUAAAUCAAAAUGAACCAGUAAACAAUGCUCCCGACGUGGAGAUUACUGCACAUUUAAGAAUUUCAGAGUAACUACUUCAUCAGUUGGCAUUGUUUCUUUUACAAAGAUCAAACGUGUUCGUGUUGCUUUGGCUGCUGGUAUUUGCUCCCAACACCCUCACGAGGAAUGUUUUUGGCAGGUACAUUUCCACAACCAGUCAAAAAUAUUUCAUCAUAGUUGGUUUCUGUAAAACGCCAUUGCCUAAGUAGAUGUCAAGUGUCUUUGUAUUUAUGAAUUAAAAAACAGCCACUGCAGUCUACUUAGUUUCCAUAUAAACCACAAAGUUAAAUAAUUUAAAGAGUCCUUUAAACAUCAGAAAUUAGACUAAAAUGAUUGGCCCAUUUGGGAGUCAUCUGAUUAAUGUCCUUAAGAAAACCAAGAGGACAGUCUUCUUCUCCUCCAGGAUUAUUUAUUUGCUUAACUGAGAAUUCUCAAUGCAGUCCCCUUAAAAGUAAAAAUACUGAAAUAAUGUAAUGCCUUUUAUUCAUAUUUCUAAAAUCUUGGUUUUAAUUUCAUGUUUGUUUGGGCUUUUGAGACAUCAGUGUUGCUGAAACUUUUCUUUUUAAAUCUUAUGAAAAGUAAUCUCUCCUCCCAUUAUAUAUAAUUUGUUAUCUUGUAAAAAGAACAUACACUAUCACUAAAUUGUUUUACAUUGUUUACAGAAAAGUCUACAGUUGAUACACAUACAUUAUUUUGCUACAAGCUGGUUUUGAACAUACUAGAGUAAAACUUAUCUCAACACUCAGAAAGUUGCUUUAACUAUUCCAAAUGAUGUAGUACAUGUAUAAAUAUUGUAACAAUCCUCUGAGAAAAAAACUGUCAGAUGUGUGAAAUGUGUGGCUAAAAUAACAAAUGUAAGUAAUGGCAGGGAAUAUUAGGUGGAAUAAUUACAACCAUUUGAGGAGUGAGCAGAAUAUUAUUUGUACAUCAUUGUGCUCAAGUAUAUUUAAAUGUCUUCUUUUGAAUUGGCUGGAAGUGCGAGCUUGUAAAAUAAAUGUAAACACAACAUUGGGCGCCACACUUGAGGACAUCUGUCUACCAAUUGUUACGCCCCAGCUGCUGGUUAAAGUUUCCUGUCAAUUUGCAUACCCGGUGAAACAAGCUGAAGCUUCGGGAAUAGUUUAUAGGGUUUGAUUUGUUUACUUUGUCUGACUUAAUCUGUCAAAAUUGUUUAUUUCAUAGGUUUUUAAGAAGGAUUUUCGCUUGUGUAGUAUCUAUAGACCAAGUCUGUUAAUGCAUCUAUGUCGAUGAUGACACUGUAAAUGUAACCCAGAGUCUGUUCUGAAUACAGUCCUCAAGAUAUUGUGUCCUCCCGAGGUUACAUGUUCCUCAGAUCUAUAAAGUACUGGGUUUGGGUCAGUGUUUUCCAUUCUGUUGUGUAAAUAAAUCUUUAAUACAAGA